AUGGACUACAGUAUACCUCCGAUGACACCAUUUGACACGCCGCCUAAUGUUACUUAUGUACCAUCAACGGCAUUCAAGAAAACCACACAAGACGAGAGAUCUGCUAUUCAAGUUCACGAUGCGGCAACAUUUGAAGGCCAGCAAAUUGGCGCUAUCCUUCCAAUCAAGAGAGCAUUGAAAGCCACAGCUUUCUGUUCACCGCUCGCAAAAGUCGGUGAUUAUGUCGAAAUUCUGGCAUAUUACAACCUCAGUCAAGUUGAAGUCAAGAAUCUUCGUACGGGUAUGGCAGGAACUAUCGAUUGGGAGGAUCUCCUUCCGGUUCCGUACGAUGGAAAAUGCGGUUGCUUAGGUGUGGGAUGCCGAUGUAUCUAUGAAACUUGGCAAGCAUAUUCUGCACGCCGUCCACCAAGACUGAUGCCCGUUUAUGGUAGUCAGGAUCUCGGUGGAUUACAUGGUAUGAAUCUCAAGCUUUCCACAGAGAAGGACUGGAUAUGGGUUGAUGACAUGUAUACCAAAGCUUACUCAUCUAUAGGCUCGCCUCUUCAGGCGUCUGGUUAUCCAAAUUUCCCAUUAUAUACAACUAAUGUUACAACAAAGGCACUCCCAGAAGUAAACGACCCCCUGACAGCCGCUGGACAAACACCUGGAGCCAUCUUAGCUGUGAAGCAACAUGCUCACUUUCCUCACGACUUUGGUCCAGUCCUCGAGACUGAAAUUGGAGAUCGAUGCAGAUUUCUCGAAGCCUGCGAGCGAGGUUGGGGUAGAGUGAAGGUUAAGAAUCUUCGCACUGGGAGGGAAGGAUGUUUGAGAUGGCAAGCUUUCAAACCGGUCAAUCCGAGAAAUACAUGUUCUUGUCUUAACGCUUGGUGCUACUGCGAGUACGAGGAUUUUGAGAAGAGCAAAGCAUACUGCGAAGCCCAUAAAUCAUGA